GCGCGCAAGGAGGAGCCUGCUCCGUUCACAGCAGCAUCAGCACCUAAACUGGCGUUAUCCAAAACGCUGCGCUGUGAAAAGUCACAGUUUUAACGCCGUGCAAAUUCCGCCUAAUCAAACUGCCUACCUAAUUUACCGAUUAUAUAGCGUUCUAGACUGGCUAAGUAUAAGGGUUUGCGGUCCAACGACCCGUAAUGUGCGGAUUCUUCUGAAGGAUAUGGUCACAACCCCGGUCUCAAAGUGGAGCCACGCGUAUCUCGGAUCGGCGCGCUCCUCCAGGGGCUAGGAUGCGCGCCAGGUACAUCCCGAUUCUUGCCCGGCUUCGGAUCUGAGCAAGAGUCCAAUGCCCCGGGGCGCCGUGGCAGGAGAACACAGUCGACUCGGUCCAGGAUGCCGGUCAUGAGAGGUCUGUUGGCACCACAGAACACCUUCCUGGACACCAUCGCCACCCGCUUCGAUGGCACCCACAGCAACUUUGUACUCGGAAACGCCCAGGUCCAGUCCCUUUACCCAAUUGUCUACUGCUCCGAUGGCUUCUGCGAGCUCACUGGCUAUGCACGCGCCGAGCUCAUGCAGAAGAGCUGCGCGUGUCACUUCCUGUACGGGCCGGAGACCAGCGACCGUCUCACAGCCAGAUCCAGGGGGGCACUUGAUGACAGGAGGGAGUUCAAGACCGAGUUGGUCUUCUACAAGAAGGAAGGUACCCAGUUUUGGUGUCUGCUUGACAUCGUCCCCAUCAAGAAUGAGAAGGGUGAGGUGGUUCUGUACCUGGUGUCCCACAAAGAUAUCACAGACAACAAAAAGGACCAGGACUCAGAACAGGGCCCAGAGACAGAUGAGGAGACCGGGCUGAGGGUGCACCAGGUCACCCGUCCCCCAGGCUUCAAUACGAACCGUCGGCGCAGCAGGGCCGUGCUCUACCACCUGUCUGGACACCUGCAGAAACAGGACAAGAGCAAGCUCAAGCUCAACAAUAACAUGUUUGGGGAGAAGCCUCCCAUCCCAGAGUACAAGGUGGCAGCCAUUCAGAAGUCUCGUUUCAUCCUCCUCCACUAUGGAACUUUUAAGGCCGGCUGGGAUUGGCUGAUCCUGCUGGCCACCUUUUACGUGGCGGUCACUGUGCCCUAUAACGUGUGUUUCACUGUUUUGGGGGGGCGGGAGGAGGGCAGCCCAGCCCCCAGGAGCCCCCCCAGUGUCAGCGACAUCCUGGUGGAGAUCCUCUUUAUGCUGGACAUCCUGCUCAACUUCCGCACCACCUUUGUGAGCACGUCAGGCCAGGUGGUGUACGACGCCCGCUCCAUCUGCGUGCAUUACGUCACCACCUGGCUGUUUGUGGACCUGAUCGCUGCCCUGCCCUUUGACCUCCUCUUUGCUUUUAACGUCAGCGUGUACUUUGGGGUGCACCUGCUGAAGACAGUGCGGCUGCUCCGGCUGCUGCGCUUGCUUCAGAAGCUGGAGCGCUACUCCCAGUACAGCGCUGUGGUGCUCACCCUGCUCAUGUCCACCUUCGCCCUCAUCGCUCACUGGAUGGCCUGCGUCUGGUACUUCAUCGGGCGGACCGAGAUCGAGAGCACCGUGCCCGGGACCUGGGACAUCGGAUGGUUACACGAGCUGGCCAAGCGUCUAGGCACCCCGUACACCCUGUCCCCUCUGGCCACAAUGCCCUCUUAUUCGCUGAACCCGGCAAUCGUUGACUCGCUCCACGCCAACAGCAGCCAAUGGAACGUGUCGACGUCCGAGUCGGCCGGGAGAGACUCGUGGAACUCCAGCCAAUGGAACGGGACUGGGGCGGGAGCAGUGAGCGGGGCGGGGUCUGGUUCGGGGGCGGGGGGGAUGGGUCAAGGUGGGGGCUUGCUGGAGGGCGGGCCGUCGGUACGGAGCUCCUACGUGACGUCCCUGUACUUUGCCCUGAGCAGUCUGACCAGCGUGGGCUUCGGAAACGUGUCAGCCAACACCGACUCUGAGAAGAUCUUCUCCAUCUGCACCAUGCUUAUAGGAGCCCUGAUGCACGCGGUGGUGUUCGGGAACGUGACGGCCAUCAUCCAGAGGAUGUACUCGCGGCGCUCCCUGUACCACACGCGCACCAAGGACCUGAAGGACUUCAUCAGGGUGCACCGCCUGCCCAAGGCCCUGGAGCAGCGCAUGCUGGAGUGCUUCCAAACCACCUGGUCGGUCAACAACGGCAUCGACGUCAACGAGCUGCUGAAGGACUUCCCGGACGAGCUGAGAGCCGACAUCGCCAUGCACCUGAACAAGGAGCUGCUGCAGCUGCCCCUGUUUGAGUCUGCCAGCAGGGGGUGCCUGCGCUCCCUGUCCCUCAUCAUCAAGACGUCCUUCUGCGCCCCCGGAGAGUUCCUCAUCCGCCAGGGAGAUGCCCUGCAGGCCAUCUACUUCGUCUGCUCUGGGUCUAUGGAGGUCCUCAAGGACAACACUGUCCUGGCUAUACUGGGUAAAGGGGACCUGAUUGGCUCAGACUCCCUGACCAAAGAGCAGGUGAUCAAGACCAACGCCAACGUGAAAGCCCUGACCUACUGUGACCUGCAGUACAUCAGUCUGAAGGGCCUGCGCGAGGUGCUCCGCCUCUACCCCGAGUACGCCCAGAAGUUCAUCAGCGAGAUCCAACACGACCUGACCUACAACCUAAGAGAGGGCCAUGGGGCUGAUGUGGACUGGGAGAGUAAUGGAGGCCUGGUGAAGAAGCUUCCCUCUAUCAAGGAGGAUGAGGAAGGCGAUGAAGAGCAGAGCUCAGUGUCCCUCGCUCCCCGUUCCCCCCUGCGCCUCACCAGGGGUCUGAACUCGCCCCUGCGCUCCCCCCUCCUGGCCCCCCGUCCCUUCCGCCCCCCCUCUGAGCACACCCGGCCCUCCACCCUGCAGAUCCCUGUGGUCAGUUUCUGCAGCGCCCCCCCCGAGCUGAGCCCCAGAUUUGUAGACGGGAUCGAGACAGAGAUCUAUGCCAACUCCUCCCAGAAGUUUGAGUUCAUCUCCAGUUUGUCCCCAGCCGGCCCGCCCUCCCCUGGACCAGGAAGCCUCGAGCAGUCAGAGAUCAAGAAGAGCGUGCUGAAGUUGAGUGAAGAGAUGAGCAGUCUCUCCAAGCAAGUCAGUCAGCUGAGCCAAGAGCUCCAGGAAAUGAGCCGUCUGCUCCGGCCCCUCCUCCUAGUGGGACCUCAAGCGAUGCUGACCACCCUCACUCCUACGCUGACCCCGCCCCCCUGCAGCGCCGUCUUACCAUCCACCAGCAUCCCCGCGGUGGUCCCUCCCCCGGCCCCGCCCUCUUCCCCUCAGCUCCCUGCCCAGUCGUGCUCCCUAUUGGACAGAGUAGACAGCGGAGGCGUGGACCUGCCCGGCUGUCUUCUUCCCACCCCGCCACAACAGAGGGCUCCGGCCCAGCGCCAGACCCCGGCCUCUCCAGGGAGACCCUCCAAGAACGCAGCCCACUCCAGCCCUCCCUCCCCUGGACUAGGAGACGCAGAGGGGCCCCCUGUCUUCCCCAACAUCCCUGUUCCAAGGAAUGGAUUCUACCCCACCUGCCAGGACCAACCGCCUUUGGCCUCCCACACGCCGUCCCCAUCCCUCUCCUUCUCUCUGUCUCUGUCCUCUUCCCCCUCCCUCUCUCCCUGCCUGGGUCCCCACCACUCUCGAGCCGGCUGCCAGUCCAGCAACAACCAGGGCCUCUUGCCCCCGCCCCCCUCCCAGGACACCCCGCCCCCGCACUCCUCCCAUUGCUCUGCUCCUGCGUCACUCAGCUCCUCGCCCGGAGACCACAGGCCGAGGGCCAGCACUUCCUCUUCCUCCUCCACUCCCGUCAUCCCUCCUCCUUCCUGUCCGCACCCGUCCCCCCUCUCUUCGUUCUCCCUGGACUGCGUGGAGGGAAGGCGGAGGAGCGCGCCGGGGAGGGGCCGGCCAGGGGAGCGGCAGCUGGAGCUGGAGAUGCAGGAGUGGGGGACAGAGUCGGAGGAGACGGAGGAUGGAAGAUCCUCCACGGAGCACAUCAGCUUCAUAGACGAGGAGGGGCCUGCUCUGUGACAGAGGGAAACACAGAGAGAGAGAGAGACAUAGAGAGAGACAUAGAGAGAGACAGAGAGAGAGAGAGAGAGAGAGAGAGAGAGAGAGAGAGAGAGAGAGAGAGAGAGAUGAUGAAAGAGCACCUGUGAGUCGGUGUGGUUCCCAUCCAGGUGGGCAGACAGAAGAAGAGAGGGGGAGGAGCCUGGCAGUGGCGUGUUCAGGGAGUGGCCUAGGGUGGCACGGGCCA